UUUUAUUAUGCCGGCUGGAUUCUUCCGGGUGUGCUUGGUGGUAAUCACAGCUAUUGUCAACCAUCCAUUUCUCUUCCCAAAGGAAAAUGUUACUGUUUUUGAAAACACAGAAGAAAUCAUUGAAAAGAUGAAAGAGCGUGAGGAGAACCUGAGGUUAGAGCAGCUGAAACUGGAGCAGGAAUUAGCAGCACAAGAAGUUUCAGUGGAUUCCUCAGAGGAGAAGACUGGACCAGAAAAACAGUAUGACCAUGAUUCACUUUCUUGGAAUUUCUGGACUGCAUUGUCCAUGAUAGUCUUCCUUCUGAUUGAAUUCUGGAGACAGGAUUACCAGGAAGGGAACUGGCAAGAUUAUACUAAAGAAGAUGAUGAAAUUAAUGUUCUGGGAAGAAUAUUCAAGGGUUUUAUUCUACCAGACAAAGUCACAUUGGACAGUUUUUAUGAAAGAUGCCUCCAGAAUAUGACAAGUGAUAUUGCUAGGAACCGAGAACUUGUGGAAGGCUUUGCAGAUGACUUAUUAGAAGCUUUGAGAAGCAUGUGUAAUCGAGAUACUGACAUGGAAGUGGAAGAGUCUAUUGGAGUUGGGAGCAUGUAUGAAAACUGGAGAGCAAACAAGCCUUUCACUUGUGAUUUCAUUGUCCCCUUUAAUCCUCCAGAGCCAUACUGUUUCCAAUUUGAGACCUGGUGUUCAGGAGAGUCUGUUCUACCGGACAAAGAAAGUUAUGGUAUGAUAAAGAUCAGCCGGACAGAUGAUAACUCAUCAAGUUGUAUCUGUGAUAAAACUAAAUUGGGAGAAGAUUUACUUUGUCUACUUCAUAGCAAAGUGAGCCAAUCUAGGCAGAAUAACCAUGUGGAAGAUCUCCUUUGCUUCAAAGACACUCAGUAUCUUGAUUCUGACCAGGUUAUGACGUGGUUCCAGAUGGCACUUACCAGGGGAUGGAAUAAAAUUGCACACAAGUAUGAAUUCAGUCUUAUUUUCAAUCACCUGGAUGCUCCAGGUGAACUGGGUGUUCCAGUGGAGUUCCAAAAGGCAGAACCACUGAACCUUUUCCGCCCCUUUGUAUUGGAACGAAGUACUUACAGAAAAACUAUGGACAUGUUCCACGAAAUGCUUAAAAAUACAUCAGCUUUAAUUAAUGAAUAUUCCAUGCAUGUUCCAAAUGGACAGGCAACUCCACUAAAUAAAGAGCUUCUCUGA